AUGUUGCUUCAAUCUCGUGGUGGUGACAGGCGUUCUAAACUUAGUUUGGUUAUAAAAAAGCAAUUUUUGUCUGGGUGGAUGAUGAACCGUAUUAGGUUAAAAGAUUUAAGAAUAAAAGUUAUAGAGACUUACAACAUAGACGUAUCAAUCAGUACGAUUGAUCGAUGUUUUCGUCAAUUCCGCUACACCAUAAAACAAAUUACAUUAUUCCUUGAACAUAGAAAUAGUCAAAGCACUAUUGAAAUAAGGACUUAUUACGAGUGUGAAUAUCGUACACUAGAAGCAGAGAAUGAAGAUAAAAGCUCUGUUUUUCUCAAUAAUGUAGGGUUUUUGGUGGUGACACACUCAAGUAGUGGUAGAUCUUUAAAGGGAUAA